AUAAAGAAGAAGCACGAAGAGACGAGGACAAGUGGGAAAGCUGGAGAAUCGGAAGGCAGGACGAAAAUGUAAUAGAGGUCAAAAGAAGCAUUGAUUUAAUGUGUGCACUUCCUCCCACUUUUUUUUCGGGGCUACCUUGUGCUCCUUCCACCUGCGCUACUUCUUACAUUCUCUUCUUCUUCCUUCUCCACCUCCUCUUCUUCUUCUUCUUUGACUUCGUUGUGGGCUCCUUCCACCCACUGCCACUGUGUCCUGUGUCCUGUGCCGUUUUUCAUGCCACCACUGUUGUUGUUGGUGAUUCUGGUGUGUGUGUGUGUGAGUGUGUUAGUGGGUGAGUGCGUGUGUGUCCUCUCUUAAUAUUCGCAUGUGCGUGUGUGUCUCCUUGUCUCCGUUAUAAAUAAUUUGUUUAAAAUUCAUCAAAUCGCCUGACGUUUCAUUCAAUAAAGUUCCAACCUAUACCCCAAACAGACACACACACACACACGCGCAUACGAACAGUCGGAGGCGCACACUCACAUGCCCACCAAUACAUACGAAUGUGUGGCGCCCGUGAAUUGUGUAUGUAUGUGCGAAAAAUGUUGAUGACGAACCACUUACGUCUAUCGCACAACCCACGAAACCAACGAAACCACCACAAACAGCCGCAGCAGCUGAAAAAAUCGCAUAUAACACACCCGCACACACACAAACACACACGUAUAACUAACACCAAUACUAACACAAACAGGGACCUAGGACACACGUACAGUUCAAUAUCCAAUAAGAAACCAAGCAUAAUUACAUAAUCAAAUAGAACUACUUGCAAAAAAAAAAACAAAAAUAGAAAACAACAACAAGGGACAAAAUCGAAUAUAAUAAAUAAAAUAAAAAUUGAAAUCAAACUAAGGGAAAAGCGGAAGCCAGCGACAAAAAAAAACAAGGACAACUCCAAGUGCAGAAUUAUUUAAUCAACGUCAGCAAGUCGGCCUGGAAACGCCUAAACGCAGAACAAAAAAAAAAACAAAAAGGACACGCGAUUUCCAAAAAUAGAAAGUAAUGAUAAAAAACCAAAAAUAAAAAAAACCAAAGUACCUGCAACAAUGAAAUUGAGCAAAUUAUAAGCGCAUAGCCCAACCAAAAAAAAUAAAAACUCGAGCAUAAAAAUUACUUUUAAAAAUAUACAAAAAGGACACUCGCUAUAUACAAAAGAACAAAAGAAAAUUCAAAAAACCAAGUGCUAUAGAUAAAGUCUAAUCCAUAACAAAAAAAUAAAACACAUAGACCGUAGUUCGUUGCCGUUUGUUCACCGCUGGACGAUACCGAUACCCAAGGAUAUAUAGAGCCCAAGGAUAUAGAGCGUAAUACCCCGUUGAGAUAGAGUAAUGGAACUAACCUCGUAGUUUGUAGACAGUGAGACGAGCGUCUCCGCCCGUAGGAAAGCAAAUCAAAUAACCGCAACAUAAACGCACUUAACGACUAACUAAAACUACCAAGUAGUUGCCUCUCUAUAUACAAAAUAUAUAUACAUAUACGAUAUAUAUACACCUACGAUAUAUAUACAAGAUACCUAGCUGUAGCCGCGAAUGCGAAUUACUUAUAUAGUUAAUAAAAAAAACAAAAACCAAAACAACACCAGUCUGUAAAUCUACCUGUAUGGAUUUAUUUUUAUAAUGCCGAUAGAGCGAAGCCCCAUUCCCGAGCUCCCAAAUUCCUGAGCCUUUAUCCUUGUUACCGUUGUCGUUAUUGUUGUUGUUGCCCUCGACCUAGGCCUUUUCCGAAAAUUGCAUCUAAAUAAGUAACGAGGGCGAUUAAUGCAUUAAUUGGGUGACGAAGGCCGAAGAACGCCCAAGGAUCCGGGUCCGGACUCCUUGUUUCACCUGGCACGUGUCGGAUACACACGCAGCACAGAGAGAUAGGCCGCAGGACACAGAACACAGGACGAAUUUCGAGCUGCCUGCUUUUGGGUUUCCCUUGACGUAACUCCGCCUUAACUCGCAUAGCUUCCAUUUGCCUCAAAAGCCACACAGAAAAAAAAAGCACAAAGCGAAAAAAAAACUUAAUAUAUUAUAUAAAGCGAAAAAGCAACCGCAAAGCCAAAACGCGGUGCGUUCGUUAAACUUUCAUGACCAAACAUUAACUUAAGAGCAGGGGAGCGGUGGCUGUGGAAGGACAACGACUACGAGAAGGCAAAGGAUACUGAGCACUAAGCUGUCGUCAUCAUCCAUAAUCCCCCCCGCGUCAGCUAGUUUGUUUUUUUGUGAUAAAUUAUUCAACGAUCCGGACUCCGGAUUCCGAUCCUGCCCACCCUGUCCACACUUCAGCUCCAGGAUACAGAUCCAGUUCCAGUUUCACUUCCAUAACCAGGCCCCACCAUCACAUCUGUACUCCACCAACCGAAAUAUAGCUACAAUAACUAUACCGUAGAGGAUAAAACGACAUUUAUAAUCCAGAGUACAAACGAAUAACCCCAAAAAAAUAAUAAUAAUAAUAACGAAAUAAAGAAGCGCUGUAAACUAAAACUAAAACCAACCUAUAAAUAGUAACAUAUGGUAUUAUUAUACACGCAACUCAAACAAGAAAACAGAUAAAAAGCAGAUAAAACCGACAAAAAAAACGAAAAGUGAAGAACCAUAAGCAAUACAAGCAGUGCUGUUGACUAUUUUAGAGGCUACCUUUUAGAGAGAUACCCUACGAACCUACGAACCUACGACGUUACUUAACAAGACACCUUUGAACCCACCAGAGAGAACCUAAAACCUAACCUAAAACAUAAAUCCACUAAAGUCUAAAACCCCAAAAAUCCAGUAAACUCAUAUGGAUGAGCGAUGUGGAGCGAGUGAGACAGCCAGAGCGUAGUAACACAACGAAAAGCAAUUUAUUUUUGUUUAUCUGUGUAUUAGUUAAUGCCAAAAAUCGAAACGGAAGUUGCACCCACACUUGCAACACCCCAAAAAAACACCUGCAACACCUCGUAUACACCCCGAACCACACACAAGCAUACUUACUAUAUAGUAUGCACGUACAUAUAUAAACGAAACAUGACAAGGCCGGGAACUGAAGCGGGCAUUGCGAGGCCUCUACGGCGCCAAUAGCACGGAGUACGGCGAGAGCACCGACAUCAUAAAAAAACCAAGCCCAAGUCCCCAGAACCCUCGAUUUCAACGACAACCAGACACCCAACAAGCCGAUACUAUUCGUUAGCCUAGAGCGAGUGGAGGUUCGAUGUGGCUCGGAUUUGGAUUCGGAUUCAAGUGUCGGUGGUGACGUGACAUCGCAGGGAGCGGCAGUGGACGUGGACGUGGUCGUGGUCGUGGACGCGGACGUAGGCGAGGACGAGGACGUGGCAACGGCGGAGGCGUGGCUCCAAGAAAAUGCACGUUAAACACACUCAGCGCCGAGUCAGCGGCCCUGGAGCCUUCGGAACCUUUACCAACGAUCAACGAGCCAGCCGCGACAACUUGUGCCCGGACAGUCGCGAUCAGCAGCAACGGCACUCCCACUCGCAGCAGCACCUGGUGCGCCAGUCCCUGGUGAGUCUCUCCAACGGCCAGCAGGCGUCCGAUGAGCAGCAGCACCCGCAGCAGCAGCAGCAUCGCCACCACCAGCAACCGAAUCUCCACCAGCAACAGCAACACCAGCAGCAGCAGCUGCAACAGUUGCAACAACGACAGCGCAGCAGCAGCAGCCGGCUCUCGACCAGCGGCAUCUCCAAGCAGAACUCCAGCGACAGUCGGAGCGGCCUCCGGAUCCUCGACAGCAGCCACAGUCCGGUGAGCUGUGGGACGCAGAGCGUCAGUAGCACCGGUGGCCAGUCUGUGGCGCUCUACGAUGCCUGCCACGAGUACUCGCGCAGCUUAAGUGCCGCCGCCUCCGAGGGAGCUUCAGCCGGAGCUGGGGCAGGCAGCUCCCUGCUCAAGAGCCACUACAGCGACCAGCAGUUGGCCCAGACGGAGCCAGACCCUGAUCCGGACCCAGACCCCGAAAGAGAUAGGGACAGGGACCGAGAUAGGGAACGGGAGCGACGUCAUCUGACCAACCUCAACUUGAAUCUGAGCAGCGAGUACGACUUCAGUGGCAGCGAUAAGCAGCAGCUGGUGAACGAGACGUACAUCUUCAAGUGCAUCGCCAACAGCCCCUCGUUCCUGCGCACCAACAAGAUCAAGGAGCAGUCCAAGAAGCUGCGCAAUCUCUCCCUGAAGACGCGCACGGCCAAGAAGAAGGGCCAGAUCAUCAGCAAGUCGAACGCCGUGUCGGACAACUCGCUGCAUCCGGGCGACAAGUAUCUGAACUUGUACCUGGUGGAAAAGAAGCAUUCGCUGCAGCCGCAGGUGGCCUCCACUUCGCAGCAGCCACAGCAGCAAUCUAGCUCGGCGCCAGCCAGCUCCUCCUCGGCAUCCGUAUCCUGCGCAUCAAGAUCCCAGCAGUUGCCGGCCUUAUCCGCGGUAGCUGCCCGCCAGCAACAGCUUCUGCUGAACGGAUCCCUCAAAGGGAAGACCAGCAGCAGCGGAGGCAGCGGUAGCGGUAGAGAGGCGUCCAAGACCCUGCCCGGACAUCGGGGGUCUGUGAGGAGCGAGAGCGGGAGCGUCGCAGGUAGCAGCCACACGAUUCCGGCGACGGGCAAGAAUCCUCCGGUGCCGCACUCGCUGGCGGCCAAGAUCAACAGCAGCAGCAGCAGCGGCGGGGGAAAGAACUGCAACCUGCUCAGCGCCAGCAGCAACUCAUGCCACAAGCUGCAUGCCCAAGGCCACGGAGCAGGUGCAGGAUCGGGACUGGGACUUGGAUUGGGACUGGGACUCGGCCACGGAUCUGCCACAGCGGCGGCCGUCUCGCCCAAAAGCUCGGUGAGCAGCAACGGACACCUGAACAAGUACUGCCUCACGGAUCUCACCCGGCGCAAGGCCGAGUUCAAUCGCCAGCUCAGCGCGCCCACGGACUAUACUCGCCACUCCUCCAGCAACGGGUCGCAGCAGGAGCAGGAGCCGGAGCAGGAGGGCUCCUCGGAGGCCCACGAGCCCGUCGGCGAGUCAACCAUCACCGUUGCCAGUGCCGGAGUGACCUAUCCGUAUCCGUAUCCGUACAACAGCAACCAACACCACCACCACCACCACCACUACCAGCCGCACUCCUCGGCCACCGCGCCGGCCAAUCUCAAGGCGGCGCUCCAGCUGCACAGCUUCGGGGCCCAGGGUCACCAUCCGGGGCCGUAUCCCUCCUCGAGGCCCACCUCCACCUCGUGCACCAACAGCUUCAAUCGCCGCCACAUCCGGCGGCACAAAGGCAAGCUCGGCGAUCGCUUGCUGAGCGGGGAUAGUGAGGAAUCGGUGCGCUGCUCCUACUGCUCGGUGCUGAAUGUGAACGAGAACGAUCUUCGCAUUUCGUUCGAGAACACCUGCACCGACUCCCUGGUCACCGCUUUCGAUGAUGAGGCCCUGCUAAUAUGCGACCAAGGAACCGAAAUGGCAAGGACAAAGGUACACUUUGAUGACGUGUCGUUGUACGGCACUCCGAAAGAGGAGCCCAUGCCCAACAUACCGAUCGUGUCGGAAAAAGUCUCUGCGAAUUUCCUAAAAAGUCAAUUGCAAUCAUGGUUCCAGCCAACGGACAACCGACUGGCCAUGAAACUGUUUGGCAGCCGAAAGGCACUGGUCAAGGAGCGAAUACGUCAGAAAACUUCCGGGCAUUGGGUCAUACACCCGUGCAGUUCAUUCAGGUUUUACUGGGACCUUUGCAUGCUUUUAUUAUUAGUAGCAAAUCUUAUUAUCCUGCCAGUCGCAAUAUCAUUCUUCAACGAUGAUCUGAGCACACGAUGGAUUGCCUUCAACUGCCUAAGUGAUACUAUUUUUUUAAUAGAUAUUGUAGUCAAUUUUAGAACAGGAAUUAUGCAACAAGACAACGCUGAACAAGUAAUAUUGGAUCCAAAGCUUAUAGCUAAACACUAUUUAAGAACUUGGUUUUUUCUCGAUUUGAUUUCGUCGAUACCGCUAGAUUAUAUAUUUUUAAUUUUCAAUCAAAUUAUGAAAUUGCAGGAUUUCUCUGAUUCUUUUCAAAUAUUGCAUGCCGGACGAGCCCUGCGCAUCCUGCGCCUGGCCAAGCUCCUCUCCCUGGUCCGCCUCCUGAGGCUCUCCCGUCUGGUGCGCUACGUAUCCCAAUGGGAGGAGGUCUAUAUUCUGCAGAAUCUACAGAAAAAAAGUGCUGAUCGCAGAGGGAGAAUGCACAGAAAAGACAAAGAUGGCUUGACAAAAAGCAACCUAAUUCUCAAGUUCCUCAAUAUGGCCUCGGUUUUCAUGAGGAUCUUCAAUUUAAUUUGCAUGAUGCUCCUGAUCGGCCAUUGGAGCGGUUGCUUGCAGUUCUUAGUGCCAAUGUUGCAGGGUUUUCCAUCCAACUCCUGGGUCUCCAUCAACGAGUUGCAGGAAUCCUACUGGCUGGAGCAGUAUUCGUGGGCGUUGUUCAAGGCCAUGUCGCAUAUGUUGUGCAUAGGCUACGGCAGAUUCCCACCACAAUCACUGACAGACAUGUGGCUGACGAUGCUAUCGAUGAUAUCGGGCGCCACGUGUUACGCCUUGUUCCUCGGUCAUGCGACCAAUCUCAUCCAGAGCUUGGACUCCAGCCGGCGUCAGUAUCGCGAGAAGGUCAAACAGGUGGAGGAGUAUAUGGCCUAUCGGAAGCUGCCUCGGGAUAUGCGGCAACGCAUUACGGAAUACUUUGAGCAUCGGUACCAGGGUAAAUUCUUCGAUGAGGAGUUGAUUCUUGGCGAGUUGAGCGAGAAAUUGCGCGAGGAUGUCAUCAACUACAACUGCAGAUCCCUCGUGGCGUCAGUGCCUUUUUUUGCUAAUGCCGAUUCGAAUUUCGUUUCCGACGUAGUUACCAAACUGAAAUACGAAGUUUUCCAACCAGGUGAUAUUAUCAUAAAGGAGGGUACGAUCGGUACAAAGAUGUACUUCAUACAGGAGGGCGUGGUGGACAUUGUCAUGGCCAACGGCGAGGUUGCCACCUCACUAUCGGAUGGCUCUUACUUCGGUGAGAUCUGUCUGCUGACCAAUGCGCGUCGUGUGGCCAGCGUGCGAGCCGAAACCUAUUGCAAUCUAUUCUCGUUGAGCGUGGAUCAUUUCAAUUGCGUUCUGGACCAGUAUCCGCUGAUGCGCAAGACCAUGGAGACUGUGGCCGCCGAGCGGUUGAACAAGAUUGGCAAGAAUCCGAACAUAAUGCAGCAGAAGGACGAGCAGCUGAGCAACCCGGAGUCCAACACAAUAACGGCUGUGGUGAAUGCCUUGGCUGCCGAGGCGGAUGACUGCAAAGAUGAUGACAUGGAUCUCAAGGAGAAUUUACUGCAUGGGUCAGAGUCGAGCAUUGCUGAGCCGGUGCAGACGAUACGCGAGGGUCUCCCCCGACCGAGGAGCGGCGAGUUUCGCGCUCUCUUCGAGGGCAACACUCCAUGACACUGAGGCACGAUGCAGAUCGUCGGCGCCUCCGGGCACCGGGCAACCAUCUGAAACUGAAACCAGCAGUUCGCUAGACACUCACUCACCCAACAGCAAAAAUUGAUGAAUGAAACCGACACACACACUCAACAACACACAGGACUCCAAAACACACACAGACACACACCAACACAUGCGUAUAUAAUAAUUUAGUAAAAAAGGAACCCCAAGACGCGAUAAGAGUACACUAAUAAAAAAAAGAAUCAAUUUAUGGUAGACACUCUAUAUAUGCAAUUGCGAUUUAGUAGAAAACGUAUUAAAAACGAAAAAAAAUUCCAAAAAAAACAACAAAAAAACAAAAACAAUUACACAAAAAUGUCCUCAAUAAUUAUUCAUAAUUUCAGCUCCGCUAACUGUGAUGACUUUAAUAUAAGAAUCGAAAAAAGAAAAUUAACAAAAAAAAAAAGAGAAAACGAGUACAUACAGAGAUAAAUUAUACGAUAUAUAGAGAAGAACUCAGCAACUCAGCAGACAGAUCAGAAUCAGAUUCAGAAUCACAACCACACAGAUACAGCCCACAGCCAUAGAGGAGUUUGCCAAACACCCACAACACCCUCACACAAACACGCAAAAAAAAAAAAAAACAUUUAAAAAGUAAAAUCUACAAAUAAGUUUUAUGCCCACGAUAUUGUAACGUUAACGAAGUGAAUAGACU